AUGCUUCUCAAGAUUGAACCCAGAGAACUGAAAUUCAUUGUUGAGCCGAAAAAGCAGUUAACAAGUAAUCUCUACUUGUCCAAUGUCACCGAGAAUCUGGUUGCCUUUAGGUUUUUGACGACCAAUAUUGCCAAUGGGUUUAAGGUCAAACCCGAAACCGGGAUUAUUUUGCCCCAUUCAACUUGCGAUAUAACAGUUACAACAAAGGAAAAUCAUGCCCCAUUUUGCAUGCAAAGUAAAGACGUAACCAGAAUUCAGUGUGUUGGUCUGAAAAAAACCACCCAAUUGCCCAUCACUGAAAAAGAAGACAUGAUGAAGCAAAAAAUGUGGCGACAUUUUAUUGUCGGAGACAAAGAAGAUGACUAUUUGCCAGUGGUUUACCUCUCGCACCCUAAUUGUCGUACGCCAUCACCUGAUCAGAAUGAGCUCUUAAACAUUGAAACUGUGGAUUUCACCCGUCGGUUGGAUUCGAACAAGGCGGCAUCUUUCUCUAUCCGGAUGUCCAACGAGAGUGAUGAACAUUAUGUUGGUUUCAAGGUGAAGGAAAUUCACGGUGCUAAUAAGAAGAAGUUUGACAUUCGAUUUGAACCCUCCAGAGGGGUCGUGUCACCUCGGUCGAAACGCAAUGUUAUAGUGACGGUUCAGCUGGUUCCGGAGAGUAAUCUUCCUGGGGAAAAAUGCGAAGAAAGGUUUCGGAUUCGAAGUGCAGUGAUGAAACCAGGAACCCUAGAAGAAGAUGUGGAUUGGGAAAUGUGGAAUAUUGCUGGAGUUCGUGUUAAAGAGUCUAAAGUCUUCUACAUCACUUAUAUUACUAAUAAAAUCCAGAGAUGUCUCCGCCGUGUUUCGUCUGCUUUUGAUAAGAUGUGGAAUUCCUUGGGCCGGGUGAUUAGUUCAAGGUUAUGUAUAAUAUCCCAGGAUUCUUUGUCUUCUUCUUUGUAUCAAAGACCACUGGAUGAAGCAGACUGA